GCGGUUGAAUGCGCACACCUCCCUCCCGUAGCUCGCCCACGGGUUUGCCCUAAUAGACGCGAAUGGGUUAAAUCCCCGUGUGCGGCGCAUCAUUGUAUUUGUACCAUUCCGGGGACGGCAGAGAAUUCAGCUCUAUAGGUAGGUUGUAGUUCAGCGUAUCACAGUAACGCCCAGCGCGUAGUACUCCACCGUUUUUCCUCUACACAGUGGGAGCCUGCACCUGACAUCAGGACACCUUUCAACAUGGAUGCACUAAAAUCUGCCGGGAGAGCUAUAAUCAAGAGUCCGGGAGUCCCGCGACACACAUGGGGCACUUCCAAACAUGAAAAGCUGCCAGAGAACUGGACGGACACCAAGGAGACUCUGCUGGAGGGCAUGGUGUUCAACGUGAAGUACCUGGGCAUGACGCUGGUGGGCCAGCCCAAAGGGGAGGACAUGGCCGCCGCCGCCAUCCGCCGCAUCGUCACCACGGCCCGAGCCAGCACCAAGAAGUUCCGUAAGGUGACCCUGACCGUCUCACCCAAGGGGAUCAUCCUCACGGACACAGAGAGUGGUGACCUCAUCGAGAACGUCUCCAUUUACAGAAUCUCAUACUGCACUGCGGAUAAAACACAGGACAAGGUCUUCGCCUACGUCUCCCAGAGCCAGUUCAACGAGACGCUCGAGUGCCAUGCUUUUCUCUGUCAGAAGAAGAAAAUCGCACAGGCAGUGACACUCACAGUGGCCCAGGCAUUCAAAGUGGCCCUGGACCUUUGGGAGAUAGCCCAGGAAGACAAGAUCAAGAAAGCUCGCAUGUGCUGUUCCUGCUCAGGCAACGACCCCCAAACAGAGACGAAUCCCCACCCACACCCACACUGCGUCUCGGGUUCGGAGAAGAACUCGUCCCUGAGCGUGGACGAGAGGCUGCGGAAGCCCUUUCUGUCCGCAUCACUCCACUCGCCGUCACCACGUAGCAACCCGACCAAGAGACGGCCAAUCAAACAUGACUCCUGGGAUGUGGAAGAUGGUUUAGAUGAUGCCUUCUCAAGGUGCAUGACGUGUUAGGUCAGCGUGACUCUCAGCUCUAACAUGUCUCAAAGCAAUCUUUGUAAGAUUUCACACAAACAGAUGGGGCUGCCACAGUCCCGUGGGAUGCCAACCUCUCAGUCACCUUUCUGAGGAAGGUGACAUUUUAUACAGCUUCACCUAGAGGCAGGUAGCAAGCCGAAGAACCGAACCGUACAAUUAUAAAAUCCUGUUGAAAUGUCACAUAUAAAUGUCACUGUUUUAUUUAGAGUGCAAUUUUGUAAAAUUGGUUUCAAGAGACUGAUUGUGUGAACAUCUUGUCAGUAUGCCUCUGUUGUGAAUCAUUUUGGGUAAGUAAACAAAAGAUUGUGAUCAUGUAUUCAGAGGCUUUUUUGAACAGCAGAAUACCUCAGAGAUGCUCCUCUGAUCUCUCUCUCUCUCUCUCUCUCUCUCUCUCCCUCCCUCUCUCUCCUAUGUAUAGAGAUACUUCAUCGUCAGAUAAUGAGGUGUUGCAGGCAGUGCAGUACAACCUACUUAGUAGCUGACUCAUCCGACCCCCAACCCAAUGCAAGCCACAUCUGGGCCAGAACUAAGCCAGGCCCGUCUCAGAUGUGUCUGACAGAGACAGUCUCGGUCAGAGAGUCACUGAUAAAUACUAAAUAACCUCCGGCUUGUCCCAGAUAGGUCUGCAGUGAUUACCAUACUUUUCUCUGGUUAUCAUAGUUAUUUUUGUUCCCAAAGCAAAGCAUCUUUCAUAUGUCGAUUAUCUCGGGGUUUUGAAUGAUGACUUGUGAUUGAAAGUAUGAUUCAGAUUGGUCACUGUGCUCACCCAUGAAAUCAGUGGUAGUUCUUCAUCUUUAGAACCUCAUUAUUUCAAUAUUAUUCUUCAUUCUAAGCGGACACCCAGAGCUGUAAACUAUCUUCAGGGACAGUCCCCCCCUGGUUACAAUGUGGAAAUUGCAAUGUGUUUGGUCAUCUGCAGUCAGAGGCUGGUGGGAAUGAGCCAACCUAUUCGGACAGCUCACAUCUAUGUGUCAUCAGCAUUUGUUAGAUCCAAUUCAGGAAACUUUCUCCUAUAUUGAUGUAGUCAUUAUGAAUCACCGUCGUUCUGGUUGGCCACGGCUGUAGACUCGAAAAAAGGCUGCACAGCCGAAAUGUUGCCAAUUAAAAACGUCCACUGCAUCUAGAAACAGAGUGUGCGUUUUCUGUCUAUUUUUUUUGUGUUCGCUCCUUCCGGCAAAUGCCACAGCCAUUGUGCCACGUCGGUCAGCUAAAGUUAGUCUUGGGCCUACCUCUCAGCCCUGCCAGUGGUCAUUCUUGCAGGUAGGAAACUGCUUUGUCAUCCUGGCAAAAGAGGCCAUCGGUCAUUACCGUAAUGAGAUGAGGAGUGAGCAGACGACGCAGUGACAUAAAUCACCAGAAAUGAGAUGAAAUUGAGGUGGUCAUCUCCUCUCUCCAGUUUGGCACAAGGAUGCCGUUACAUACUGCCCGCCACUACCCCUCUUGACCAGCAAACAAAAUCGUUUAAGUGCCGCCUGCAAAGAGUGCGUCAGCCAGCAAAACUCUAAUUAUGGCUGCCUCAGGUAUAGCCACACCCCAGCAUCUACCCAUGGCUGGCCCGUCAGGGGUCUCUUUGGAGAAGCGGGAUUAGGACAGCAGUGGCCAGAGGACACAGCAGGGGGUCACAGCUGAGGUGCCUGUGUUGCAAACACGCUUGGAUGACUGAGCAAUUUUGUCAGGCUGUGACAGACACGGAAGGUUGUGUGGCUGUGUGUGUGUGUGUGUGUGUGAGAG